CCGCGGCCACCGCGCUGGGCUGGACUUCGCCGGGCGCCGCGCUCAGGCUGGGCGCUGCGGGACUGUCGCUGCCAUGUCCCUGCCCAAAGAUUCCAAAGGAUCGUUGGAGCCACACAAACCAGUGAAAGGCAAGAAGAAGAGGGACCUGAGGAUAACAUGUGUCCCCAUCAAGCCACCUGUUGCCAACACCACGCCUCCAAGGAACUUGGACUCCAGAACUUUCAUUACCAUUGGAGAUAAAAACUUUGAGGUGGAAGCUGAUGACCUGGUGACGAUUUCGGAGCUGGGCCGCGGAGCCUACGGGGUGGUGGAGAAGGUCCGGCACGCGCAGAGCGGCACCAUCAUGGCCGUCAAGCGGAUCCGAGCCACGGUGAACACUCAGGAGCAGAAGAGGCUGUUGAUGGACUUGGACAUCUCCAUGAGGACAGUUGACUGCUUCUACACUGUUACCUUCUAUGGAGCCCUCUUCCGUGAGGGUGAUGUGUGGAUCUGCAUGGAGCUCAUGGACACCUCCCUAGAUAAAUUCUACAAGAAAGUGCUGGAGAAGAAGAAAACCAUCCCUGAAGACAUUUUGGGGAAGAUGGCUGUGUCUAUUGUACGAGCUCUGGAGCAUCUGCACAGUAAACUUUCUGUAAUCCACAGAGAUGUGAAACCUUCCAACGUGCUGAUCAACAAGGAGGGCCACGUCAAAAUGUGUGACUUUGGGAUCAGCGGCUACUUGGUGGACUCGGUGGCAAAGACCAUGGAUGCUGGCUGCAAACCUUACAUGGCUCCAGAAAGAAUAAACCCUGAGCUGAACCAGAAGGGCUACAACGUGAAGUCGGAUGUCUGGAGCCUGGGGAUCACAAUGAUCGAGUUGGCCAUCCUCCGCUUCCCCUACGAGUCCUGGGGGACCCCUUUCCAACAGCUCAAGCAGGUGGUGGAGGAGCCCUCGCCCCAGCUGCCCACUGACCGCUUCUCCAAGGAGUUUGUGGACUUCACAGCACAGUGCUUAAGGAAGAACCCUGCUGAGCGAAUGAACUAUUUAGAACUUAUGGAACACCCUUUCUUUACCUUGCAUGACACCAAAGAGACUGACAUGGCCUCCUUCGUGACAGAGAUCCUGGGGGAAGACUCCUAACUCGAAGCUCAGCUUUGUGCAGUCCCCUCCAGCCUGGCUUCCCCGCAGAGGAGCAACUGAGGACUCUGAUGGUGGUUUGCACAAAUCGCACUUCCCCGACCUGUGGGCAUCUCUGGCCCCAUCUGGCCUCUCAGUCUCUUUUCUCUUUGCCCCAUAAACAAAAUCCCCCAGGAUGAGUCUUCUGGAGCCAACACCUUCCCAGCUAAGCCACGGAGAUGGAAGGUUCAGGAGUUCCCUGCUGACAUCAUCGUAUUUGUCCCGGGGAGAGGACCAUGCCUGUGGGGCCAGGGCAGAGGGUGCCAGAGGGCAUCUCCCCUCCCCAGCAGCCUGGUGCACAGGGCAGGAAGGUUUUGUUUCUGUGCUUGCCUGGGGAAGGCAGAGAGAAAAAUUGCUGCUGUGCUUGCCCAGCUCUUCUCCCCUCCCUUCCCUGGAGCUGGGUCUCAUUUGCCUUCCCUUUGUGCCCAGCUCUCUGCCCCCAGGAACAACUUCUUAGGGGGCAAUGGGGCUCCCUGGGCACGCUGCUGUUCGCACCAGAGGCUGUUUAAUGCCUGGCUCGACAUCUGAAUGACCCUUUGAGGCAGCACCAGACUGGGUGUCCUCCUCCCCACCUCAGUGCACUGCUUCCAUGGAGGGGGGAGAAAAAAGCAUUUGUCAAUGAACCCACCUCGAUGUCAGCAUCAACCCACAUUCUCCCCGUGCCUGCCCGCAGGACUUCACCAGCACACCAUGCUCCCUUCCCCACGUGGGCACAAAGUGAUGGAGGGACAAGCAGGUCCCCAGACACUGCCUGCCUCUCCUCCAGCCCCUGGCUGGGAGGACACAUCCCCAUCUCCGGGCACCUAACGCCUUUGACAGCCUCUGCCUCCCAGAGGAGACUUUGCUCCAUCUCCCUUCCAACCCGGAGCUCACGUUAAGACCUCGCACUGUGACACCUGCUCAGCUUCGGAGGCCCUUCGCGUCCUUUGAAGCCACCAAGGUGUCAGCUGAGCUUGAAAGCCCGGGG